GACUUCAGAAAAGAGAUGCAAUCUGUAAGAAACUGUGUCAUAUGCGAGUUUCAAGUACAAAAAAUAACACUGACGGUAUUGUUUCAGCAAGAAAGAGGACGAAGGAGAAAAGGGGAGAGAGAGAUAAAGAGACUUGUGACCAAAUGAAAUGGACUUUGUUCUUUUUUACCCACUAGGUUGUAUUCUUGGCCAAUCGUCAGCUCUUUAAGGUGCGGCUCCGUCUGCAACCAGGAAACUCCUGAGUGUGCAGCAAAAUAAGGCAUGGCAGAGACGUCUCGGUCCAAACUGCGGUUGAUACAUUCGACCAAAACAACUCCUCGUGCUGUUAUUGAGAGAGAAGGCAGCCAAUCACCAGCGGCAUUUUGAAAACCACGCACACUAGCCGUCGUAGACGCACAGGUGUAAGCCAAUCAGACAGAGCUUUCGAUCAGUAAGUCCAACCCAAGCGAUAUAGACGUGUCAUUUUAACCAAUAAGAUUCUUAAUAGUGCCGUGACGAGAAGAACGUCACGUGAUCUGUUUUUGCUUUAACUGAUUACUGUGCAUGUCAGCAACUGGACGCUGUAAAAAAGCAUUUCGAAAUAAUUUAACACAUUUACAAAUUGCCCAGUAAAUUUUGUUUAUUUUUUAAUGGACGGUAAAUUGAGACAAUAUAUGGGCACAUAUUGGCUAAAUGUAUUGCCAUUUAAAUCAUUGCUGAGAUGAUCGAACCGAUCCCAGGAGGUACAGAUAUCCGGUUCUGCCACUAACCGGGAGAGAUCCGAUGGCUCUCCAAAACUUCAGAGACUCGCUCCUCUGCGCCUCCUUCAACCAGGACAUAACGUCCUUGGCUGUUGGCGGUAUGAAUGGCUACAGACUUUUUUCUCUGUCCUCUGUUGACAGAAUGGAUUGUAUUCAUCAGGACGAAAGCCCUGAUGUGUACAUUGCCGAGCGGCUCUUCUCCAGUAGUCUAUUGGUGGUUGUGAGCAGAUCUACACCAUUUCGAAUGAACAUCUACCAUUUUAAGAAGGGCACAGAGAUCUGUAACUACAGCUACUCCAGCAACAUCCUCGCUGUCAAACUUAACCGUCAGAGACUUGUAGUUUGUUUGGAGGAGGCUCUGUACAUCCAUAAUGUCAAAGACAUGAAACUUCUGAAGUCUGUUCUCAACACACCACCAAACCCCAAAGGCCUGUGCGCACCUUCUGUCAAUCAUUCCAACUCAUACCUGGCAUACCCUGGGAGUAUCACCGCUGGAGAAAUUACACUUUAUGAUGCUAUGAAUCUGAGUAUGGUGACCAUGAUCUCCGCCUAUGCCAGCCCUGUGGCAGCAAUUUCAUUCAAUGCGCCAGGAACCAAUCUGGUCAGCGCUUCAGAAAAAGGCACUGUUAUAAGAGUUUUCAGCGUACCCGAAGGAGUCAAACUGUUUGAAUUCCGCAGAGGAAUGAAGAGGUACGUUAGCAUCAGUUCCUUGUCAUUCAGUGCCGAUGGACAGUUUCUAUGCGCCUCCAGUAACACAGAGACUGUUCAUAUCUUUAAACUGGAACCCCACAGUCCCAGUAAGGAGUCUCCCUCAUGGUCUUCGUAUAUGGAAAAGAUGUUCUCUGCUGCCAGCACGUACCUUCCCUCUCAGGUGUCAGACAUGAUGCAUCAGGACAGAGCGUUUGCUACCGUUCAUCUCAGUGUGUCCGGCCUGAAGAACAUAUCAGCUCUGGCCAUUAUCCAGAAGGUUCCACAUCUUUUGGUGGCUUCCUUAGAUGGUAAUUUCUACAUAUACAGUUUAGAUCCCCAGGAAGAUGGACACUGUCAUUUAGUAAAAAAACACAGAUUGUUUGAGAGUGACGAUGAAAAUCCAGUGGUGUCAGAUCUGGAGGUUGGAAGCCCAUCCUAUGCCUCAACUGUUGCUACAACCUCAAGCCAAGACUCUCCAUCCUCCAGUUCACUCACAGGUUAUUCUGAGGAUGGAGGUGCAAAGAAAGGAGAGCUGAUCCCAGAACAUGAGUUUGCAGAUGGACCAGUCCGUCUUGAUGACGAACAGGAGUUUCCUCCAGUUAACUUUCAGAACACCUGAAGUCUUUUAAAUCGGUCGUAAAAUCUUCAGAACAUUUGGAUGCCGUCUUUGAAGGAUGGCACAGGCACAGAUUAGUGCAGAAUGCUUUAUGCAGUGCUAGGUUUGGAUAUAAAUAUCAUAGUUGUUGAUAAAAUCAUGUUUAUCAAUUGAAUGGAUGGCACAGGAAGUUGAGCUGGAAUUUAAAUGUCAAGGAAUUUACUGAACUGAAUUCAGUAAACAGACAUUCAACACAGUCAAAUAAAACAUACAAAAUUACAUUAUAUCAGAUAAUACUUUCAAAACAAUGAAUGCAGUCAUUGUAACAAAUGUUUUACAACAUCACAAAAUGAAUCACAUAUUGUGGUAGCUUUUUAGGAACCAAAUUGUUCUUUUACCAUGCUCUAUGUGAGAUGAAAGUUAUUUUAUUAAAUUUAAUGGAUUUUAUAUAAAACAAAUUACACAUGAAUUAAAUAUAUACCAUAUAUAAAUUAAAUACAUUUUUAUUGGUAACACUUUAAUUAUUGAAUCACAUAAUUUAGUUACAAUUCUGCAUCCUAUUUGCUAUACUGAUAUGUAUAUUAUAUAUUAAAAUGAAAUGGCAUUCUUAAAUUCUCAAUAACACAAAAGCCUGGUAGAUAGAAGUAUCACUUCAAAUGCAGGGAUUAAGAAUUAGACUCAGCUAGGCUAAGUUUAUAAUACAUUCAAAUUACGUAGUAUGUUGUACAGCAUCUAGAGCAAAUGAUAGGUGUGUGUAUAAUACAUAUGUCAGAUCUGUCAGUUCUAACUGUGAAAUAAAUUCCAUAUGUGUUUCGAAAUGCUAAGCUACGAAGUAGGGUCAUCAUGAUGAGGGACUCUUUUCACCUUGUUUAAAGACAUGCAUAUAAACUACUCUCAUUAACAGGGUAAUUUUACUGUUUUAUUUGCAAAAUGGCCUAAGACGGUGUUGUACAGUAGUAUACUGAAUACAUGUUUGUUUUUUAUGGAACCCCUGUCUAAUAAAAGUUUACAAAAUAACAAUUAGGCUUUUGCAUAUUUGUCUUUGUUUGCUGUGCAGAUUUUAAAAUGAUUGUAAUUUUUUUAUUUUCACAAAAGUUGUAUAAUUUACUCGUAAGUGUACCUGGUUUAU